AUGUCAUUCCUGACCAUACUCGUAUUGUCGGGAACGCUCGCUCUGGGCUGUUUCAUCGUUGGAAAUCUCCCUCUAUCGUUCUCGUUCUCGAAGACACGUAUAGCACAGCUCUCGACACUAGGAAUAGGCCUAUUAUUAGGAGCUGGACUCGGAGUGAUUAUCCCAGAGGGCGUCGAGGCGAUUUUCAAAGCGUCAUCAGAAAAGGAUGAACCUUCGCGUACCGUCGCAUUUACACUAAUCGGAGGCUUUAUGCUCAUGCUCCUGGUGGAGCAAGUUCUCCUGCCUUCGACCUCGUCCAACGAUGCCGACUAUGCGCUCCUCCCCAACGGCUCGUCCACAGAAGCAUCCCGCUCCAGUUCAAACUUACACGUGCGGUCCGACUCAAACGGGGCGCCAAUAACCCAAAGCGUUCCUUCCAAUGGUGCAUACCGCCGAGCCAAAUCAAUUACGUUUGGCCUCGUCAUUCACUCCCUCGCGGAUGGUCUCGCACUUGGCGCUUCGGCAUUCUCCUCGUCGGCAAAGGGACAUGCACAUGCACAUCGCGCCGUGCUUCUCUCUCGGGACGCGGCUGACUCGGAUAUCAUGGAUCAGUUACAAACAAGCUCACUUACUCUAGUGGUUUUCUUCGCCCUUUUCAUCCACAAAAUGCCUACAGCGCUCGCCCUCUCGACAUCGCUACUCCCGUUGAUACCCCCGAGACGCAUUCGCUUGCACAUCUUGGUGUUUUCGUUAGCUACACCACUAGGAGCUGUUCUCAGCUUUAUUCUCCUUGGAUUCUCUGACAUUGGGGGAUCGUCGAUAGGCAAGUUAAUAACUGCAGGAGUCGCAUCUCAAGCCUCAAAGAGCGGGCUAUGGGCCGGUAUCGCCCUUGCGUUUUCUGGUGGGACGUUCCUCUACGUUGCGACGGUCCUUCAACCCGUGGGUGGGGAAUCUGGAUCAGGAGGGCAUGCGCACGCUCAUCCGGGCGAAGAGGCUUCCUUGCUCGGACCAAAGGCGCGCGUGGCCCUUAUUGUCCUCGGAAUGGUCCUUCCGAUAACAAUCACAACGUUGAUUGGACAUGGCCAUGGGUGA